AUGCAAUUUGACUACAUCCGAAGCGGCAACAACAACAAUCAUAACAUUAAUAAUAAUAAUAAUAAUAAUAACAACAGCAACAACAAUACUAAUAAUAGCAACAAUAAUAACAAAAACAAAGACAACGAUGAUGGCGGAAAUGACGUCAUCUUUAAAAGUUGCGUAAUCAGCCUACUAUCAAUCAUUAUAAGUCCUCUCUUCUCGCACUUCACCUUCUCCCUACUCAUCUUCUUCCUUUUCUCCUCCGCACAUUUCGACGGUGACGUCAGACUUGACGUCAUCAACGUUCUCUCACUCAUCAUUAUCCCCCUUCUUCCGUCCAUCAUUAUCUCUCUACUUUUACCCGUUCUAAUCAUCAUUAUUUCAUCAUCUUCAUCAUCUCUAGAGCGAUCUGACGAUGAAAAUAUUCUUACCUUGAUUUCUAAUCAAUCAAGCGCUGUAUCAAGUUUAAAAAAUCGACCCUUUUUAUCACCACGUCGGUCCUUGGUUGCACCAUUUCGGUCCUUAACAAAUUCGAGUCUCGUUUCUCAAGAGGAACAAUUCGACACAGCCUCCGAUAUAACCGAUACAACUAGUGUUACAAUGGCGAAUAAUCAGAAUACCAUCAAAUUUGUACCGACAUUUUCCGGUAUAUUUUCGAUACCGACUUCCUCUAAUGUCAGUAAUACCGAUGAAUUACUCGACAUACCGACGGAAUCGUUCCAGGACCGUAACGUAUCGAGUGUGGGUACCGAGUGUUUCAGUCCUAAAAUCGAAAAGUACCUAUCACUGACGUCAUUCGUGCCAGACAAGAUGGAGCAAGUUUCACUGAUGAAAGAGAUGACUCCGCCCCACGGCAGUAUAAAGUACCAAUUAGGAAACGGGGAAACGUUCAAAGGUCAUUUUAUUGACGGAAAGAAGAACGGGGUGGGAAAAUAUAGCUACAAUGACGGGAGUAUAUAUUCUGGUGAGUGGCACAAUGAUGUGAAGUGUGGGCGUGGUCUACUCGUCUACGUAGACGGAAGACGCAGCGAUCAGUAUGCAAUUGAAUCCGAUCACAGCGACACAGGAUCCAAUCAAACGUCUUUAACCAUUACGCUACCAGGAUUAUACAAUGGGGUGAUCAUGAGGAAUACAAGACCCUACCAGGAAAUGAAGAGGAAACAGAAAUCCGGCCAGCCACCAGCCAUGGAGCCGAACAUUAAAAAUACCGAACCGAUCCAGCCCGACUUAUUGGAGCUCAACACCGACGAUACAUUACGAAAAUAUUUAGAGAAGUACCAUCAGUACCAUCCUACUCACAAAAAUGACGCCAAGCAAAGCAAACAAGGCGCGACAAUUUUAACAAAGAAGGAACUUCUGAAUUUGAACGAGACAGAUUUGUACAAGUGGAUGAAUAAUGAGAAAAAAUUCCUAAUGAACAAGAAUUACUGCAACGAUUUAUCGACGAAUCGAUCACCGACGGAUAUCUCGUCGAAUACACCGACUAACUUGACCGUGGAGCAACUAGAUGGCACAGCCCUGGCGGGGUUGGUGAUCGGCUGUGGGGGCGUCAGCAGCUGUGAGGAUAGGAAAAUAGCAAAGAUGCAGCUAGAUGAUUUGAACAAAAUGUUCAAGAAGCUAAAAGCCGUUAAAAAAUUUAACUAUAAAUUAGCUGAGCUGGAGAUGGCGCAGAGGAAAGAAUUAGAUGAACUAAACGAGAAGCAGAGACGAGAGAAGUUAGAACUAGCCAACGAAAUGGAGCUUGAAAAGAGUAAACUACUUAGAAAUAUGAACCAUCCAAUCAGUAAGAGGGUACUCUCAAAUGCCACAAAUACUACCGCUAAUAGCAGCAGUAAUAAUACUGAAAAAUCGAGAGGUAGUAGUGGUAGCGGCAAAAGCCGCAGCUCUGGUCUAGAAUCACUCUCACAGACAAGCGACGUUGAUGAAAAAAGCAAGACUCCAAAAGAAUCAUCAAAAAUUAGAAAAAGCAAAUCUCCGUCCCGCUAUUCAGGCACCUCAUUAUCACCCUCAUCAUCGUCGUCGUCAUCGUCGUCCUCAUCAGGAGUGGCGUCAUUAAAAUCGUCCUCAAAAGCACGACAACUGUCGUCGUCAAACGUACCACCAUCGAAAGACCCACCUACGCCUCAGAAACGCUCAUCUACCAAAAAUUCUAAACUAGUGACCAGCAGUCUGGUCCCGUCAAUGAGAACCGCCGCUACAAACAGCCCAGAUGUUAUGGUAGUGACCGAGAAAGUUACUACAACUUCGAAUAGUAAGGUGUCAAAUUGCACCAAAGGCCAGCAAUGUUCGUCUGUAGGGGCAGGUGUGAGGAUUGUUACUAAGUUCUCCAGUCCCGUAAAAAUAAAGUAG